ACAAGUCAUGUAGUUACUGUAUGACUGAAUUUCCCUUAUAUAUAUUCAUAACCUUAUGAUAGAGUCAUGCCAUAGGUUGCCAUGGAGACAGUACAUAAGCUGAUUAAGAUGACUGUACUGUUGAUACAAGCCUUCUUUCCUUCGAUGUCAGAAGAGUUGAUUGACUUUGAAUUUUUACAUGUAGAUUCAUCAGGACAGUGAGUUUGUGAGAUUUCUGAGUUUGUGAGAUUUCUGAGUUUGUGAGUUUCUCGCACAAUGGCUUGCAAGACCUCACUGAACCACAUUUUUCCUGUGGGCUUUAGAUGGCUGGAAAGGACAGGUAAACUUUGCACAAGGUUUCAUCGUGGAUUCUCACAUGAGUGGGUUGUUUUGUGCAAAUCGUUACGGCCUGUUAACUUUGGCUGUAACCAUGGCAACGAAGUGUUGGUAACUGGUCGACAAAACAGACAACUGGCAGUUAUUCAUCCAGGAUACAGAUGUGCCCAGUUGCAUGCUCAUCAAAACAAAGUGCAACAAAUUCGAACUUUGGUUACCAUGGUUACAAACAUGAACCAGACCACAGCAGCAUCCUUCCGAUCAUGGCACUGGAGUCAGAUGAACGAAAGGAAACAACUGGGUUCAAGUUUCGGGCUGCGUCAGGCGUCAUCUGCCAUGGCAACGAAAAAGAAACGCAAAUGGCCUCGAUAUCUUGCAAAAGGUUUCUUAAUCAUAUUAGGCAGCAUUACGGCUUUUGUGGCGUACAAGUUUUAUGAUUUGAAGAAAAGAGGCGUGAAGCCGUUUUACAUCCCAAACUUGCCUCUUCAGUUCUAUGGGCCUUGCGGCAGUUACAAGGGGAUCACAAUCACCACAGCACUACUGCACAGCAUCGAGAGAGCACAGGACUUUGAGGCUCGAAGGGAUGAUGUUUUUGUCAUCAGUUUCCCCAGAUCAGGUACCACAUGGACACAGGAAGUUGUUUACCUGAUUAGUAACGAAGCAGAUGUGAGCAAGGCCAAUUCCAGAAACAUGGAAGACCGCUUCCCCUAUUUGGAAGAUCCAGAAAGUAAAGUUGAUGCUCUGAACGCCAUGGAGUCGCCGCGCUUCAUCAAAACCCACCUGCCCUACCGCUUGCUGCCCCCUAGUGUUCACGAGCAGAAGCCAAAGAUAAUCUAUGUGAUGAGGAAUCCUAAGGAUGUGAUUGUCUCCGGCUAUCACCUGUGGAGGAACUUUCGAGCUGGGUACCAAGGCAGUUGCAUGGAAUUCAGUGAGCUGUUCCUGCAGGACAAAAUGUUGUUCUCACCAUGGGUUGAUCACGUCAGGGAAUUCUGGAAGAGACGAAAUGAUGAAAACAUUUUGUUCGUCACUUAUGAGGAUUUAGCGACGAAUUUAUCACAUGAAGUGGAGAAGAUUGCAAAAUUCCUGAACAAACCAUUAAGCCGCGAGCAGGUAGCAACGAUCGUUGAUCACUGCUCGUUUGACAGCAUGAAGAAGAACGACAAGGUGAACUACAGAUGGUGGGAUGAUCGCGGCUUCACCAACAACAUCGGGACGGGAUUCAUCAGGAAAGGAAAAGUUGGUGACUGGAAAAAUUUCUUCACACCAGAAAUGGAUAAACGUGUGUUGGCCAAAGUAGAGAAACCACUGACGGACAUUGGUCUCAAUGUCAUCUAUGAGGUCGACUCUGGUCAUGGUGAAAACUGAAAGUGAAACCAACGAAGAAGAAGUUUUCUUUUUCCUCAUCUUGUUGCAAAAAAAUCAAAUACUGAAAUGUGCGUGGGAGUUAAGACUACAAUGAAUAAUAUCCAAAACAUUACAUAUUUCUUUUACUUAUACACUGUAUUUUUUGUUUCUCAAUAUGAAAGUGGAAGGUAGACUUUAAAAGCGUUGCUGUUUGUCUGUCUGUCCGUACGUCCUUACCCUUGUUUGUCAUCAUUAUUACUGAACACAAUAUCUUGCAAAUGAAUCAAAGGAUCUCUUUCAAACUGAGGCAGUGCCUUGCCAUUGUUUAUAAGAUGAUGAAUGGAUUUCUGUUUUGUCAAGAUGGCUGUUGUGGGUCAUAUAUUAUAAUUUCAUUCAUGUGUCCAAGCUGUGAAUACGAUAUCUUGAAAACAGCUUAUGGUAUCGCUUUCAAACUUGAUAAGCGACUAGCCUUAUAUGAGAGGAUGUUAUAGGUAUGAACAGGACGAAAUUCCGUGAUCUAAGAUGAAUGCCAGCGCCCAUAAUAAUAUGCAUUCAACUCUGUGCUCUGUACAAACUAAAAACAAGUAUCAGAGUUAGAAAGAAGCAAACACUGUAGAGAGACGCACAUACCUUGAAGUGUCCCUAAAAUGGCUUGUCGAUGCUAAAUGACCUAAAAUUUUUCGAGGCAAAUAAAUGUGACAAAGUAUGUAUUUUUGGUGUUGAAACUUACAUUUUUCAGGUAGAAUAUCAUCUCAUGUUCCGAUCAAACCUCAAAACACCUUUAUAAAAUCAACAGAACUCUCAGAAUCAGGAGAUAUGGGCUAGUUAGUCAUAGAUGAAAUUUAAGGUCAUUUAGGGUACUGGUAUUGCAUACUCGAUUAGGCUCCUUGGGACAUGGUAGUAGUACGACAACAUCACAUGUUCUAUUUAUAUAGAACCGUAACCAGAAAUAUAAAAGCAUUUGACUCCUAAAAUGCCUUUAUUUUGAGUCGUGCGUAUAAUGGAACAGACAGGACUGAAGGUUUACUGCUUUAUAUCAUGGUUAUGAUUGUUCAACAGGUGAGCUAGUGAUGAAAAACUUUAAAGAAGGUAACUUAAUAUGAGCAUUUUGAGUUUGAACUCUUUUAAUGCUAAAGGUAAAAAAAGUCCUACAGUAUCAUGUGACCUGUCUGAAAUUUUUUAUUAUGUAGAACCGUUACCACAAAUAUAAAAGCAUUUGACUCCUAAAAUGCCUUUAUUUUGAGCCGUGCAUAUAAUGGAACAGGCAGGACUGAAGGUUUACUGCUUAUAUCAUGGUUAUGAUUGUUCAACAGGUGAGCUAGUGAUGAAAAACUUUAAAGAAGGUAAUUUAAUAUGAGCAUUUUGAGUUUGAACUCUUUUAAUGCUAAAGGUAAAAAAAGUCCUACAGUAUCAUGUGACCUGUCUGA